GUAUUCGUAGAUAGACACAGAACGCUCACCGCCUUGUGUUUCGAUAACAUCCGGACAUUUUUGGUCAUGACGAGAAGGAAAUGCAAACGUUCGGCUGCCAGCACUGCUAAAAUGAAUGCUCUACAAGUCCGCUGCCGCUACUGAUCGCUACGACGCCCGCUUGCUACCAUUUACCACCACAAAGAUGGCCACACACGACUUCAUCUCUGGAUUUUUGGGUGGUAUACGAAUACUUUUUUUCCCUAGAGGAAUGAAGCCAUUUGUGGUAUGGGUUCUUUCUUUUUCUAGGCAUUGCAGGUGUCAUCUGCGGAUUUCCACUUGACACAGUAGUUAUCAGACUGCAGACACAAACCUUAGGAGGACCCGUUUACAAAAAUGCGUUGCACUAGCUGCUUCACAUCUAUUGUGAGAAUGGAGUCUUUACUAGGAUUGUACAAGGGGGUUGCCAUACCUCUUACAACAUCUGUAGUCACUGAAGCCAUUCUUCUAUCUCUGUAUGGUACAACAUUGAGACUUAUUGGUGGUCCAGAAGAGUCGAUCUUGAAUAUACACAGUGGAAAUGUUUCUCUGAAAGCCGGUGCUCUGACAGGAUUGGCUUCUAGUGUUGUAGAUACUCCACUGGCCUUUGUGACAACACAAUUACGGAUGCAGAGUAAGGGAAUUAGAAGGCUCGAUGAAGCUCGUCGUCUGUUUACUGGACCGUUUCUUUUUCUACAUCAGCUGUAUCAAGAAAAGGGGCUUAUUAGCAGUCUGUAUAAAGGAUCGGUGGCGACUCUGUUUAGAAAUGUGGUUGGGUUUUCUGUGUAUUUCUUUGGCUGGGAUUUCUUUCGAUAUUUGCUUCUUCCUGCAAGUGGAAAUCGUGAAGACCUUGGCUUAUCCAUUUGAUGUCAUUCAGUCUCGAAUACAAGGUGAUCAAAACAGGUCAAAUCCUGUCUAUCAAAACACAAUGGAUUGCAUUAGAAGGACAUAUAAGAAGCAGGACUUAAAGGGUUUUUUCCAGGUCUAACUCUUGCUGUGUUAGUGUGUGCGUCUUCUAGCGGAGUAACCAUGCUUGUUGUAUCUGCAUACUUGUCAUAUGUUCGUGGUGAAUAUCAUAACCAUUAGCACAUAUCAAUUUUAUUUUAAUUUGUUUGUGCAUUGGAUAUGCUAUUCAUAC